AUGUUGUUAAAUUCAAAAUUUGUCGUGCUAAUUUCAGCUUGCACCACCCUACUCGCCAGUCCCAUCAAGAAAUGCAAGUUUCCCGACAAGGAAGGUCUUGUUUCUGUUUUCAAAGACGGGGUGAAUGCAGGUUGGGCAAUGAGCCCGGACGAAGCUUGUAUACCAGGAAAAUAUUGUCCCUAUGCCUGUCCACCGGGCCAGCUUAUGAAUCAAUGGAACCCGGAAGCUACAACAUACCUGUACCCGACAUCUAUGGAUGGUGGAUUAUAUUGCAACAAUGAUGGCUCUACUAGAAAGCCUUUUAGUGAUAGAGAGCUUUGUGUUGAUGGCGAAGGAACAGUAUCAGUUGUUAACAACGCUGCCAAAAAUGUUGCGUUUUGUCAAACCGUUUUACCAGGUAAUGAAGCCAUGUUGAUACCAACCAAUGUCGAAAGUGGCAAAGAGCAGAUCUUGGCUGUUCCAGGACCCCAAUAUUAUGCUAGUGCAGCGUCUCAUUAUUAUGUUAAUCCGCCUGGCAUAUCAACUGAGGAUGGUUGUGUUUGGGGUACAAAUGAUAAAGAGGUUGGAAACUGGGCUCCUUAUGUUGCUGGUAUGAAUAGUGAUGCAAAUGGAAACACAUUUAUUAAAAUUGGAGUCAAUCCAAAACACAUUGACGAUUUCAGCGGCAACACUCCCAACUUUGGUCUCAGAAUUGUAUGUGACAAUCCACAAGAUUGCAACGGAAUGGAGUGUGAAUUGAAUCCAAAGAAUGGAUACAAUAAGGCUAAGGGACCAUCUUCUGGCUUAUCAUUGGGAGCAGAAUACUGUAUUGUGACAGCAAAAAACCACGCUAAAGCUAAAAUUGAAGUUUUUGAAGUAUAA